AUGCAGGCGGUGGCAGCCCAACCCGUUGUUGUGGUGGUUGACCCAAACGCCUUCAGGCGCUAUGGAGGAGGUGUCUUUGUGGGUCCAUGUGGUACGGAUCAGACCCACUCAAUGUUGGCGGUGGGGUACGGCACCACCGAUGACCAUGACCCCAAGAGACGCAUAGAUUACUGGAUCAUAAAGAACUCAUGGGGGGCAAAAUGGGGUGAAAAUAGUUACAUCCGCAUGGCACGCGGAGCCGGUCCUUCCAAGGAGGGCCUAUGUGGCAUCCUGAUGCAAGCGUUUUACCCAGUGAAAAAUUAG